AUGUUCCGCUCCGCCAUUGUUCGCUCCUUGAGGGCCUCCGCCCCCCGUGCCGCUAUCAAGACCGCGGCUCCCAUCCAGAUCCGCAGCUCUCCCAUUGCUGUCCAGAUGGCCCCUCGCAUGGUCUCUCUGAGCAUCCGUUUCUACUCUGCCCCUGCUGGUCUGUCCAAGGACGAGAUUGAGGGCCGGAUAGUCAACCUGCUGAAGAACUUCGACAAGGUUUCCGAUCCUAGCAAGAUCACUGGUGUCUCUCACUUCUCCAACGACCUGGGCCUUGACAGCUUGGACACCGUUGAGGUUGUGAUGGCUAUUGAGGAGGAGUUCAGCAUUGAGAUCCCCGACAAGGAGGCCGACCAGAUCCACAGCAGUAAGUUUCUCGUGAUGCUCAAUCAGAUGACUCUGUUCCUUCGCGACAGAAGACUAAUGUAUGAUGCAACCGCAAUAGUCGAGAAGGCUGUUGAGUACAUCAAGGCUCAGCCCGAUGCUCACUAA